UCCCGUCGAGGACUCUCGGUCGAGUUUCGACGAGUAGUCACGCUUUAACUCGCGAUCCGCGAGGCGGAUGUUAUCCGGAACGCGAGUUCACAGGUGCAGGUGUGCCCAGAUGUAACACGCGAAAGCUUUGAAAAAGCUGGUUGAUCCUAGCUCCUGCACCCUGUGCCAGAAACAUCCGGACGGAGACGUGGUUUUGAGCUGGUGACGAAACUCCAGGAGCCAGGAGACAGGUGUAGGUGUCAGGUGUCGCAGAUAGGUGUUGGGGUGUUUUAGAUCUUCGAGCCUGGGUCUGUCUUUAUUCGACGAAUACGCGGCCACCAUUCCAAUAGAAUCGUUGUUUCGAACACUUGUGGAUCGAAGCAAUUCUAACGAAUCACAUACAUAUACGCGGCGACAGGUGUAUUUUUUAAAGGUGAUAGUAGUCGUGGAAGGUGUGGAAAGAUUCAAAGAUUCAUUGAUCACACAGCAACACGGGACACUCGCUGUCUUGGAUACGCGCCUUCGCUUGUUCGAGUCGUUUAAGGUAAACACCGGUGUGUGCCACCGAUCGGCCGAGAUAUCUAGGUCAACAGGCAGUGGCCAGAGGCAACUAGUUGCGGCUGUAAUCGUUCCUGUAACCGAGGCCAGCGGCAGACGUUGUGUUCUUUUUUGGUUGAAAGAAGGAAGAAAGAAGAGAUCGUUCGUGAUAAUCUAACGCUGGACCAAUAAACGUCCGAGAUACCAGAGGCGGGAGGAUUUAUCUAAGAGGUGUCGAGAGAAGAACGGAGAGAAAUAGCUAGGCGAGAAAGGGGUCUAUUGUUCGUUAAGGUCGCGUCGCUCACGAUCGGAUUUCCUUGAUUACGGUUACGGUAUCGACGCGAAGGAACAGCAGCCGUGUUCUUUCCGGUGGAGGAAGAAAGUAAGAGAAUUUCGAUCAAUCUCGGCCAAGCGACGCGAGACGCGUUAUCCUUCAUCCUCGUUCUGGACGCGACUUUUGCCGAUUAUACGCGCUGAUGACAACUGCGGAUUUAUUAGAAAUUUUCGUUAAUUAGAAUGAUCCUCGGAUGUUUAUGUCUGUUCAUUCGAGUUGUUAGUUAAGGCGAAGGAACGAAGGAAAGAAAGAAGCAAAAAGACAAUAAAGUGUAUCAUAUCCGAGAAGAUCGAAGCCAAUUGGAAUAUUACAGAAAUGAUUGGUUGAUCCGUCUUUUAUCGUGUUUUGAAAUAUUUUUAUUCGGCUUAUUCGAUAUUCGUUAGUUAGAGUGUUUGUAGCAGUGAACGGGAAUUACCAAGGCCUAAUUAAGGAUUUAGUUUUGUAAUGAUUCAAGUGUCGUCGAUUACGCGAUAGAGUUUAGUGAUAGUUAUCUAGAGAGGCGGUUUGUAGGAGUGCUCAGAGCAAAGAUAACGGCCUUGAAACUUUUCCAUGCACGGAUCGGAAGACCGAGCUAGGAAAGAUGCUCUAUGCCUGACAGCGUGACUACAGCUAAAGGUCGUGAUCGAUCGACUUACUUCGAUGGCCUAAAAGAACUUUAAACGUUCAAGGUCAUUAUGCAUAGCGAUAAAACGGAAACGUAAAGUGCGGACAAGUCGGUUGGUCCGUUCGAUUGUUACGACACCUAGCUAUUUCGUUUUGAAAUAGCGUAACGCACGAGUCCUAUUCUAUUCCAUUGCAUUUGGCCAAGAAUCUAGUCUCAAUAGAAAAUCCUCGUUACAGGCCAGAUGAGGCGAUAGCGGAAUUCGUUAAUCCGCACGAUGUCGUGUCAAGGAUACUCAACCGAUCAAGAACGUCCUGGCAUUCGCGAAAUGUGCCACGCACAUCCCUCGAUCUCUCUCGAGUUCUUACAGAGUUUUUAUAAGACUUCACAGACACCGUCGUGCUUAACGAAGCGACGAUAACGGAGGAUCGCUUCGUCAGGACUCAGACUGUUCUCGCAUCACCUAUGCGUUGUAUCAUCUAAUUCCACUCUAAAAGCGGAACGUAAAAGCAACGUCGUCGGACUGAUAGAAUUAACGAAACCACAAAGCGUACCGAUCGUAUUUCCUCGUUUCCACACGGUCCUAAACAUCGCACAGCCUAAAACCUCAGGUGGAUCAACAAAGGCAAAUCCUCGUCGAUCCUCGCUUUAAUUAACGCUUUGAUCAAACAACCUCUAGACCAGUCGCAAGCCAAAGUGUUCGCCAGAUGACAUAGUUCGCUAAAUGAGAUCACUGAAGCGACUUGUCGAUUGAACGAUUCAGAAAGCUGCUACUUGUGGUCGAUGCGAAAGGAGGCUCGACGGUCGACCUCGCGAACGAAACAGCUCCCGACCCCUUAGUAGUCAACGGACAAAAGCGGCCUGGCCGGCACUCGAUGAGUCCUAGUGAAGAUAAGGAUCCUCGAAAACCCUUGAUCGUUUGCCUGGAACGUCUGAAGAAGCUCCGGUUGGCACCUAUUUGAGAGCGGUCGGGUGAUGCGCGGGAGCAGCUCUGAACUCCUGCUGGAGGCAAGUUGCGUCCAGUGUCAGAGCGAUCAUCACGCCGGCGAGCACACCACCAGGCAUCAGCAGCAGCAUCAGCUAAACGAGAAACACGACUUUCAGGAGCGAGAGCUACGUCGUCGCAAACUGUUGGAGCUCGGGUUCGGCGCUUCGCGGCGCCGACCGCCACGGCGUACCUGCCGUCAGCGGUUCAACUUUUACGCCACCUCGGCGUUGGCAUUUGUCGCGACGUCCGGCGGUGCGGCCCUAUUAUUUUUGGUGCCGCUAUACGUCGAUCCGGCCAUCAGCACUCUAGCUGCCGAUUUCUCGCCAGAUCCGGUCAUCUGCACCACCUCCAGGCGCGAAGAACUCGCUGGCUUGUUCAAUUGUACCUGGAGUUCCUGCCGCGAAGGAUGCACCAGUGACGUUUAUAGGUGUACGCAUAUAUACGUCACGUAUACACCAUGGAGCAAUACGAGCAUGAAGAAUGACACCGGGGGUAGAGGCAAUUCGGAGAACUCUACCGGCGUCACGCACACCUCAACCACUUCGGUGCCGACGCCAGGCGACGUGGAGGCAGUGCUCCUGGUGAACAUCAAGGGGUGCGGCUAUCCGCCGAUCGUCGACUGCGAAAACUUCACCCGCGAACUAGGCUACGAAGGCGCGAAAUUCCCCUGCCAUUACAGCCGCGUGAACGGCAGCAUAGUGAUGGCGAACUAUAACCGCGAGGCGCAGGUCACCACCAUCAUACACUUCUUCGCGGCGCCUUUCGUAGUGACUCUCGCGACCAGCGUCGCUCUGUGUGUGAUGCACUGUGACUGCAGGUGCAGUCCACCGCCACGGCAUUCGUCGCGAGGAAUGAGAAGAGGCAGGGGCAACGAUCUCAGAAUCGAGUUAUGUAAAUUCUGCAACAUACAUAUCGGCCGUUAGAACCGUCACUGUUAAUAUACUCGGUGUGAGUAUACACCAGCUUGGUGUGAGUAUCGCCGUUUUGUGAUUUCGUUUUGUCUCGUCUAUCAAGUGAACAUGAUGUUGCGUAUGUUACGUUUUAAACGAGCGUCGUCGUGCGCGCGCGCGCGCGCGCAAGGUGUGCGCGUUUCGAGACCGCUUUUCACGAUCGAUGUUCAAGCUGACGAUCUUUCGAGGCUUCUACAGAGAGUGCUUUUCAAACUGUCGUUCGUUAUCUCCAUUGCAUUUCUAUUCGUUGCGAGAGUGAAUUGAUUAUACAUGGUUACAUAUUAACAUGCAGGAUGGAAUCAUUUCUUUAUUAUGCUUCUGUGAGUUUCUGUUGGUCGAUUCACCAGCUUUUGAUUAUUUUUUGUGGUACAAAACGAUUUUAUGUUAUGUCAACGACUACAAACAUUUUCCUUUUAUAAAUAGUAUUGAUGGUGACGUUAUUUUGAAGUUUCAGGAUGUAUUCUCAUAACUUUGUUGCGUUUGAUCCUUAAAUGACGUUAUUGAGUCAUAGAUGACAGAGAAUAGUUAAAUUUAAGCAGGUUACCUAAUUUUGGAUAAAAGUAAUAUUGAUAAUUUUUAAUUAUUACAUAUAACUUAAUUAAUAUCUGAUAACCUAAUUAAUAUCUAUAUAAAAUGAAACUAAGUAGCCUAGUUGAGAUCUAAUUUGAACUAUUAUGAUCAUUUAUGACUUAAACAUACAAGAUAAGAGAAUAUGACGAUUUUGUAGAUUUUGGAAAACUUUUUCUCAUAUUUUAGACGAAAUUAUUUCGAAAUUUGGGCUAUAAUGAUUUUAAGUUCUGCAAUAAUUUAUAUUUCACAAUUUGGGACGUUUGGAAUAGCUAUUCACUAAUACAUUUAUUAAGUAUGGUGAAGUGCUCGACCAUUCAUUACGUGUAUGGUACAUUCUUCACUCUCGAAACGAGUAGAAUAAAUCUUGCUACUAAUUUUGAAACCCCCUGUAUGUGUCCUUAACAUGCUCAGUGUUUUGCAAACAUGAAUUUUGGAGCUUCGUUUAAACUUUCAUAUUUGAAAUAAUAAAUAUUGAUUUGAAACAUUGGUUUAUUCGUUAAUGUUUAUUUCGUGAAUGGAUCGUGAAUACAUUUCGAAAUUGAAAAAUUUUCUGACUAUUAUACGAAAACUAUUAAUUCAGUGACACUGAACGUGCUAAAGAUAGAAAGUUUAAUAUUGUAAAUUGGUUCUAACGUAUUAUUAUUCGAAGAUAUUAAACUUAAAUACUCACAGUUCCAAUAAGUUUGUCUUCUUUUCGAAUUUAUUUUAUUAUUAUUACUGUCGAUAAGUAAAAAAUUUUUCUGUGUAAAUCUUUCUAUAGAGUAAAAAAUAACGAUUUCAAGUUAUUCAUUUUUUAUCACGAAUUUUUCAAGUAAUUUAAAAGAUAUCUUAUUAACCUUCUCAUUUGUCUAAUUUCAAUAUUCUCUUUUUACAGUGAACUUAAUGGAAGAACUAACAAUAAGAUAUAUAAAAUGUUCAAUUGCUAUCAUUUUAACCGUAUCACUUUUAAUUGAUUAUUCAGCAAAUUUUUUCAUUCCAUUUUAUUAAAAAAAAAAUUUCAUUCAAAUCUAUUAUGGAUCCACACAGCAUAUUCGCGAGAAAUGCUUCAAAGAAAGUUUUGCUUGAUGAAAGCUUGUGUGUUGCACUGCUGAUUGCCGAGAUAUAGGCUAUGGAAACACAUGUCUGCGUGAUGCGAAAAUAUCUCGAUAUACAUAUAACACAGAAUACCGCAGUUUAUAUUAUUCUGAUAUUUACGUAAAUAUUAAUAAUCUCGAAGAGACUAACUUGCGCCAAUGAAACGUUUCCAGCGACGAAGGUGAGAAAUGUUCCUUUGGCCCUCUACACAUUAUCACGUUCGGGAUAUUGUGCAGGGAGUUAAAAAACGGGAGUUCAGAAAUUUGCAGAUUUCGAGUGCUCGAUGAGCUAAGCAAAGCUGAUUUAUCGUCAGCCGACUGUUUUAUAUAAAAAUCAUUCACGCAACUUUAUUAUUUAUUAUACUCAUAAUUACCUUGAAUUUCAGAAUUGUAAGUUGUCGUUUUCUGUUGUUUACCUUUCCAUAUCAUCAGAAUCGAAGAAAAAGUUCUGAAAUAAAAGAAACAUAAUUUUUAUUAUUAUCCAACCAAGAACUGACAAGUUGCGUUGAAACAGUUAAUCUGAAAAUGUUUAAUGUCAAUAACAAUUUCUUGCCCAGGGACAUCGAAUAUUAGAAGCCAUCAAUUUCCGAAAUCACCUUUUUUAAAUCUCUGCACUUAUUGCUUCUAACUUGUGUGCUAUUUUAUUAUUGUUGACCGACUCGCACGAAUGUUUCUCACGUAUGCGUCUUUGAGAAAGAAUCUUAAUUAUUAAAGUCAUUUACAUAUAAUAUAACAAGUAUAUUAGCGUACACAUCGAAGCAUCGUCUAUUUUAAAUCGAUCGAAGAAGAUAAAAAAGCUAGACUACGAUCGAUUCGUAAACUCGUGUAAGCUUACCUGUACGUUUCCCAAGUUUUUGGAAACACAAUUCGAUGGACCAGUCGCAUUUUGUUUUAUGUGUGCGUUCGUGUACCGUGCCAAGAUCUCUUCGAGUUAUCGAUACGAUUUGUUUUUCAGCUACUUCCAUCGACAUUGCCAAAAAUCGUCCGACUUGCGACUAUGGUGUCGUCGGUAAGCAAUUCGGGAUAUAGUUUCAAGCUGACUAUUUCGUUCCAGUGUACACGACACGCGUGUACACUUCGAGAUUUUAUUCUUUCUUUUCCUUCAAUUUCUACAAUGUUUCAUCUUCUCGUCUUCUGUUCGUUUCUACGUGUUGCAUGAAUACACGAGGAUGAAACGCUGGGCACAAUAUCAAGCACGGAUAACUCGUAUGGAAAUUGCUCGAAACUUGUUAAUUGUAGCAGCCAGUUUUCUUGUAGAAAAAGAAGUAGCAGGAGCAUAAAGCUACACAUAGAUAAAUUAGACUUUUAUUAGAAAUUUAUAUAUUAUAAUUAAUUUGUUAGUGUGGAGUAUAAUUGACUAAAUGAUAAGGUACAGAGAUAGACGAUGCAGAAUGCCAAAGGCGAUUAAACCAAUUUAUAUAACGUAUAAAUCACAACGAAAUGCGACUACAAUGAAAUAACGAAAAAGUAUGGAUGCAAAGAGAAUUCAAGUAAAAGUAUACAAACACGUUAGCAAAAUUUAAAGAAACGUGAAUACGAGAAAUAAAGCUUAGAGCUAAUCAACAGUUGACAAGGGAAACAAAUGCAACUCAUACUAUGUGAAGCUUACGAGUGAGUUAGAGUACUGGAACUGCGAGGCACGCGGAUAAGGCCAGCAAUAUUCGACUAUGCAAAUCGUAAGAAAAGUUGCAGUCAGUUGGUAAACGCGCGGUCGAAAAAUUUUGCUAAGUAUACUUUGUGGGGCACGCUGGUGAUGCAAAAGUGACAAUGCUGCACGUCUGACAAAGAUAAUUCGGAGCGCCCUUUUCGCUUUGACGUUUGACAAAACAACUCGCGAUCGACGUAAACACGGUCAAACCUGUGUGCGUAUGCUAGAGUUUAGGUACCACAAGACCACUGUCUUAGCAGAAAACGGCCUAGGCUCGAGCCCGCCGACGCUCAAUGGGCGACAAAAGUGUCGUUUGUUGACAUACCGUGCUAAAAAUAGAACUACCGGUACCUACAUGUCGAUGAGUCAUCGGUUUACGAAAAUAACUCCGAGCAUUAUUCUAUAUUUAAAUUACGUGAAUUAGAUGAUGCCCCAAGGUUAAGAAUACAAUUUCUGCAACACUUAGGUAUUUGUGGAUGUUUCUUUUGACUACUUACAACAUCUUGACAAUAUAUGUAGCUGUUUACCAUUGUUAACCCCUUCCCGUGCCAUUUAGUUGGACGAAACUCGAGCCCAAGCGGUAGACAUCGACGAGCGCUGAACAGACCAGACUGAUGCUCGUAAACAAUCGCAAUACGAACCGAAAUGUAGAAACUAACAUUCAGUCACGAUCGUAACGGGGCAACAAAACAAUCCGCGAGCUCGGUUGUUAUGUUUACGUUUGACCCAAGUAUCUGGUCGCGAGUCAGACUCGCGAUAUUUACGUUUGGCCCAA